AUGGAUGUCGAUGUUGCUGUCAAAGUGCGGGACUUUGAGCCCUGGGAGGAGGCCAAGGCGCUUGGGUCCGCCUGCCGCCUCGGCGGCCUGCUGCCCCUCCUGGCGCGGUCGCCCUCCCUUCUCACCACCUACCGCGUUGAGCUGCAGAAGCUGAGAGACGGCAGCUUUCGGCUGCUCCAGAUCAUGCCCAUUUGCCCAAAGAUGCUGGACGCCCUCAUCGCCGAAGCCGCCACUCGCACGGAGCCGGGCGUCAUCUUCCACGGUUCCCUCGGCACAGCGUGCCCGCUGCUCCAGCUGCCGGACCUGGAGCGGCCGAUGCCCGUGGGUGCUCGCAACGUCAAAGGCACGCGGGCGGGCUGCCUGCUGCGGCCCCUGUCAGCUGGCAUCCCCUGGCGCGAGCAGCGGCGCGUGCUGACCUCGGUGCUCAAGGGGCUGGCGGGGAUGCACAACGCAGGCUUGGUGAUGGUGGAUCUGAAGCUGCACAACAUCGGCCUGCUGGAUGGGCUCUCUCAGGCCGUGCUGCUGGACUUCGACACAGCCUGCAUACUGCCAUCGGCUUCUGGCGGCGCCGGCAGCUUUGUCUCAGUGGAGGGGUCAUCGCGGGAGACCAGGGCGCCAGAGCUGGACGCACUCGCCCUGCGCCCGACGGCAGCGUCCGACAUGUUCGCCUUCGGCAUCAUCGUGCUGCAGCUGGUGCUGGUGCAGCGGGAGGCCAUGGCGCUGCGCGAGGCGGUCAGGGUGGCGCACGAGAGCGCUGACCCUGUCAGCGCCCUGGACAACGUGCUGUACCGCCUGCGUGUGCCGAGCCUCAUCAAGGACUUCGUCCUUCCAUGCCUUCACAAGGACCCAACGCUGAGGCCCUCCGCACCCCAGCUGCUGGACAGCCUGGUGGCGCUGCCGGACGACGACCUCAUGGACGAGCACCUGACCGCUGAGCUGGGCUGGGGCCAGGAGGAGGAGAUGCUGCGCUGCUUCGUGCUGCAGGCCGCGCAGCGGGAGAAGGACCUGGCCGACGCGCGCGCGGUAAAUGAGGAGGGCGGUGGGGGGGAGGCGACUGCCACGCGGCUGCUGGCCAACAUGGCCGAGCUCAACGAGCGCAAAAAUGCUGCAGGGAGGGCGAAGCUGGAUGACCUGCUGGAUAUGGCCAAGGAGUUUUCCAGGCGGCUGCUGUGA